AAAAAGUGCUUGCAAAACAGUUGAUUACAUUAUGGAUAAAUCGUUACAACAGUUUCACCCGGAAGUUAAAGAUAAAGCCCAUUUUGCAUUACAUAAUAACAGUACAGCACCAACCUUGAUAUCUGUAUCAGUACUUGAUGCUGUUUUGGAGGAAGAUGAAAACACACAUAAAGAUUUGUUGGAUACACAUGAAGUUGAUAAAAGAAUAGAUGAUGGCCGAACUUCUGAGGUUAUCUUGUCUUCGGAGGCAGUAUGCUUGGCUAGCAGACUGAAACAGAACUCAGGUAUACAGAUACCAGAAAACCUUUGUAAAGGCUCAAUACCAGAACACUUCAGCAAAGAUCAAGACGAGCCAAUCAUCCAGAAGUCAGAGAUUUUUCAGGAGAGCAUUGUUUACUCUGAAGAGACAAAUUUUCAUUGUGAUCUAGAAGACCAGCGUCAUCAGGACUGUCAUUCCUAUAAUGAUAUGAUUGAUUCUGAAGACAAGGGUAAUGAUAAAGAAUGGGACACAGAUCUUGAAACAGAUGAUUCUCCAAUGAUUUAUGAUGAUACUGGCAAGACAGCAUAUCUAGAAGGGUGCAGAAAGUUCAAAGUAGUGCCAGUGACAUACUUUUUAAGACACAUCAAUGACAGUCAUUUGUCGAUGAAACAUCACGACUUGACAGGAGAUGAAAUGAAAGCUGUUGCUGCCUCUUUAGCG